UUCUGCUUUCCUUUUUUUCCCCCUUUCUCCACGUGUGGUUGUUUACUUUCCCAAAGCUACCUACACACCCAAACUCGCAAUGGCGUCAUCAUUCAGCAUCACAGACCUGGUCGACUAUGUCGAUCUGGACAAGAAGAGUCUGUUGAUCUCAGCAGGGUCAAUCAUUUUUAAUCCGCUGUUCUGGAACAUUGUUGCCCGUCAAGAGUAUCAUAACAAGAUCCUCACACGGCUAUUUGGCGGUAACAACUACACCGCCUGCUAUGCGCUCGCAAUCACAAUCUUCUCGCUCGGCCUCGUCCGCGACUCGCUGUUCAAGGCCGCCCUGGAGGACCAGCCGUCGCACCCGCUGCUGACGACGCUCUUCUCGCAAGUAGCCGGAUACGCGCUCUUCGCCUCGGGCAUGGUCCUCGUCGUCUCGUCGACGUGGCGGCUGGGCAUCACGGGAACGUUCCUGGGCGACUACUGCGGCAUCCUGAUGGACGAGAUGGUGACGGGCUUUCCCUUCAACGUGACCUCGGCGCCGAUGUACUGGGGCUCGACGAUGAGCUUUCUAGGCACUUCGCUUGCGUACGGAAAGCCGGCUGGUAUUGCCUUGACGCUUCUUGUGCUGGUUGUGUAUGUCGUUGCGCUGCGAUAUGAGGAUCCGUUUACGGCUGGGAUUUAUGCCAAGCGUGAGCGCGAGCGGGCUGCGGCCAAGGAGGGCAAGAAGCAGAAAUGAUUUUUGGGUACUGUUCGGAUCCAGAUUUGACUGCCGGUGUAUUCAAUUGUACGAGUAGUAUUGGAGUGUUGAGCGUUGCGUCGUAUUAGAGAGGGGGGGCUAGGACAGGACCGAGGAGAGCAGAUUUCUCGGCGGUGGCAUCUGACAUUUUAGCAUGGCGUUUUGGGCAACUACCGAGAGAAGAGGAAACCAAAACAAGUCUUUCAACAGACUCAAAUGCAGUUUGUUAGAGGAGGAUAAGGGGGAGUUUUAUCAUUUACAUGGAGAAAAAAGAUUGGGAAUUCCACAUAUACCACUGGAUGGAUGGGCCGUCAAGGCCAAGGCUUGAGGGACAAAUCAUAUUCCAAGGCAUGUUUUUUAUAGCUUGAUGAACUUGAACGUUUUAUACUGGCAUAAAAGUUUUUAAUUCAAUUA